AUGGUCAAACCAGCAAUAAUGGCUGCGGACGCCCUUCCGAGGUUCUUACUUCCUAGACUGAGCUGGAUUGGACCUUCAACAGCUUCCCAAGUCUUGCGACCCCUCUCGGCCUACCCUCCGAGCUCCCGCCGACAAAUGCAUAGCCAGCCGGAUGUCUUCCGCAGCGCAAACCGAUCCCAGCGAUGCCGUUCUAGCAACUCCAACCGCAGAAGCCCAUCGAUGCUUGAGAAUCCCGUUAUCAAGAGAUCAUUCCACGCGACUCCCACAAGGCAACGAGAUCAUCACUUCGACACUCUCAAGUUUGUACAGCGUCUCAAGUCGGAUGGCUUCACGGAAGAGCAAGCCGAGGCCAUGAUGAAGGUUCUGAACGAUGUAAUCGAAGAGAGCAUACAGAACCUCACCCGAACAAUGGUCCUUCGCGAAGACGCCGCCAAGGCCACCUACACGCAAAAGGUCGACUUCGCCAAAUUGCGAUCCGAGCUUCUAUCCGCCGAUAGCACCGAGUCAAGCACAACGCGCGCCUCCCAUGAGCGCCUGGCAAACGAUAUUGCGAAGUUGAGCUCGCGGCUGCGCGACGAGAUCGGACGUACCCAGGCCAGUGUGCGGCUAGACCUUAACCUGGAGAAGGGACGCAUUCGCGAGGAGGCUGUCGGCCAGGAGCUUAAAAUCAAGGAAACAGAGACCAAGAUAGAACAAGAGGUUGCGGCUCUGAGAGAGAAGCUGGAGCAAGUCAAGUUCCAAACGCUACAGUGGCUGAUGGGCGUGUGCACUGGUUUUGCUGCCUUGCUGCUUGGUGCUUGGAGAUUGCUCAUGUAG